GUUUUGUCUUCAUUUUUGAAAUCUUCCAGUUCACAUUUCAAGGCCUACAAAAUGCAGUUUCAACUUUUCAUGUCAUCUGUUAUUUUGCCAGAAAAGGUAUCAUCUAAUCAUCUACAAUAUACUGAACUUUUUAUGCGUUUCUGCAUAAAAACGAAAAGAACACCGGCGAACUAAAAAACACAGGGUGCUGAUGAUUUUGUAAAUAGAAAAAAAUGGCGGCGAAACACUGGGUUUCAGACGUAUUUCCAGUUCAGUAUACUGUGGAGGAUACCUUAUCUGACAGAACAAGAGAUGACAUAAAAACAGCAUGUUAUGCUAGGGAAAAAUUAAAGGAUUUGUAUGAAAAUGCGUUCUGUCGUGUUCUGGCUGAGAGGGAUCAUGCUGAGUGUCCCGAGAAAAAAGGGACUGUAUUGGAGAGUUCUGAAAGAAAAUGUGAACCAAUCUCUAAUUCUGUUGAGACUUAUAAGAAGACAAAAAAAGAUGAAAAUUGUUUAUGGACCAAAGAAGAACUAGAUGUUUUCCGAGAUGGCUUUUUCAAUUUAAAAAGACGUGCGGUUCACCUACUUAUUUUGUUAUCAGAUUCAAAAACUCGAAAUAGUGAAUUAAGAAAGAAGUGUAAAAAUAAAGAUGUAAUUAUUGCAAACCAGGACCAUUUGCUUUCUGCACAGAAAAAGGAAAUAGUGAAAUCGACUGCAACAAUUAAAGAGCUUCAAAAAGAUCUGGGAUACUCAGAGAAGAAAUUACAACAGCUACUGAUCAUAGAGGCACAAUACAAAGAUCAAAAUGCCUUUUUAAAAACUGAACUGGAAGAAGAAAGAAAUGAAAUUAAAAAACUACAGCUAGCUUGUAGAGAUCUUAAUAGAUCACUUACAAGCAUGCAACGGAAGACAGAAUUGGGUCUUGUUGAGCAAAGGAAUAUUCUUAUUGCACAGUAUAAGCAUACACAGGAAAAGGUUGAAGAAGAAAAAGAAAAGUUACAGAAAGAGCUAGAACGAGAGAAACAGGAACACCAUUUAACAAAAAUAGCUCUCGACCAGCUUAGAAGACAUUUUGCACACAUACAAGCUAAUAAAACAGAUAAAUUUCUAGAUGUGACUGAGACAGAGAACAUGGGGUAGAUACACAAAUAUUUUGACAAUGGCAAAUGAUUUCCUAUGCAUGUUCAAUUAGAUAUGAUUUUUGUCAGUUGUUUUAGUGUUUCUAUAGUUUAAUACAAGUUGCUGAUGAAAUCUAGUUUUUAUCAUUAUUGUACCUAAACUUUUCCACAUUGUCAAAUUAAAUUGAUUGGAUUUUGAGAUUUGUCAAAUUAAUUUAUUUUCAUUUAUUUCUGGCUUUUAUGUUCAGUUUUUUAAUUUAAGUUCAAAUGUUAUUCUGUAUCUAAAAUUCUUUCUCUUGCUAUUUUCUGUUACUUUGAAUUUUUAACUGUCAUUUCUAGAUUUUGGAAAAAGACUGUUAAAUUUCAAAUUUUUCAAUUUGUCAUCAAAUAUACAAUUUCCUUAAACAUUUGUCAACACUUUAGGCAGAUUAAAAUGUUAUAAAUGUAAAUAUUGAGGUAAAUUAAAUGGUAAGCAUGUCAAACUACUUCUUGCAGUUUAAAAACCUAAAUUAAUUUCAUUUUCAGUUAGCCUUUGUCUAUUUUGACUCUGCUCCUACAUAAGAAAUUUAUAAAGCAUUUGGUUUUGAGAUAAUUCACAAUCCAUACCUUUUAUCAAAUGCAAUCAAACAAAUAAAGCUCAGUGAUAAAUCUGAGCAAUGCCUUCUUGAAUUUUAAUUCACCAUUUUUAGUUCAAGUUUUUGUAAAGAAGACUGUCCAUUUUUUAACAAAAGACAAACAGCAAGCAGCUUUGUAGGCAGAACUGUCUGCAAAUAUUGUUUUGUUUUGAUUUCAAAGUUACAGAACCACUUUCUAUCAAACUGAAAAAUUUCACGUAAAUAUCAUGUAUUAUUGCUUCAAAAAUCUAUAUGAAUGGAGAAACAUUGCUGUAUACCAAAAUAGCCACUCCAAAAUUCUGCCAACCUUGUUGGAAAGUGCAGCUUGAAUAUGAAUUUUGUUAUGAGAACUGUAACAUAAAACAUAAAAGUUUCAUUUUAAAAUGACAAUAUAAUGUCUCUACCAUGUUUCUUAUGUAUAAAUCAGAACAAUUUGAGAGAAGCACUGCUCUUUGGCUAAAUAAAGAAUAAAACCCCCCC